AUGUAUCUUCCUACGGUCCUUAGACCUCUGUCAACGUCUUCCUUGCUCGUUCUUGCUCUUUCUCUCAUUUCGGUCGUGGACGCCCAAGGCGGACCUCCCGGCGGUGGCCCUCCCGGCGGCGGUGGCCCUCCCGGCGGUGGUGGCCCUCCUGGCGGUGGCAGUGGUGGCGGUCCUCCUGGCGGUGGGUCUGGGGGUGGUGGCCCUCCUGGCAGCAGCGUUGUCGGCGGUGGUUCGCCUGGCGGUAGCUCUGGGGGUGGCAGUACCGGCGGUGGUAUCCGCUCACAUUCUUGCCCGAAACCUCACUUGCUCACUCCCAAAGCCGAUCCUAUAGUCGUGACAAACCCAACUUGCCCUCAAGAUGAUGGUAACUUGUUCACUACUCCCGAUGGCGCCCACUGGACCUUACAAUGCUGUGCCCAUGGUGAAGGAGGCACAAAAAUUGGUGCCGACUCUGUUGAGGCAGACUUUGAAGCAUGUUCAGCGAAAUGUGCCUCAACUCCUGGAUGCAAGAGCUUUGUAUUUUCUGCCGUGGCACAGAGUAAGGGCCACGCACUCGGAAAUUGCCAGAUCUUUGAUGCUGGUGGCUUCUCUACCAAAGAAUGCGGAGAUGACACCCACGACUACGCGUUUAUUUCUCCGGCGCCCGCACAAGAGUCACCCGAGUUCCUAACAAUCGCAUGCUCGACCGAAUGCCCCUUCGCGAAUGGACAGCAAUAUACAGCUUCUAAAGGAGAAGUUUUUCAUAUGGACUGUGAAAAGCGUCAUGGAACAAAGGUGCUUUACAUGGAUGAUCAGGACACCUUCAAAGACUGCAUGGAUGCUUGUUCCGCCAUGACUGCCUGCCACAGUGUCGACUAUCAUACCAACACUCCGGCUCCGUCACCACUGACCCCUGGUGCUUGUCCCCCUGACGACGGAGGAGAGCGUGUGGUUGAUGGAAUUACGUACAAAGUCAGAUGCAAGAAGGCCAUCACAACUGGCAAAUUUUCGACAAAGCCAAGCAUGACCGAGGAAUCUUGUGUGAAGGCUUGCUCUGCAGACAUUACUUGCCAAGGAGCAAACUUCAAUACUGAUAACAAAAAUUGCGAACUGCACACCAAAUGGGUAGACCAGCCGCUUUUUACCGGGGACACGACAUACUGGAUUGCAUAUCUCGCUAAGAGCCAGCGUUAA